UUGAAUUGAACUAACGGCUAGGAUGAGCGUCCAAAGGCAAGCAGCUGUCUGGUGCUUUCCGCUCUCUUAGCUAGCAGCCUUAGGUUUCUUUCUUCCUUUCUAAGCUUUCCCCUUUUUUCCCUCUAUGCAGUGCAGUGGUUUAUCUUGGCUCAAGAACAGCUGGCUCAUGCAAGCCUCCAUGUGCAAUUUUUUUCCCUUCUUUCUCUCUCUUCCCAUCCUCUGCAAAUCCAAGAAAAGCAAAAAAAGUGGGAGAUUGUUAAGAUUUUCAGCCAAACUACAGCUACUGCUCUCAAAAGCAAGAAAGCGAAAAAGAACUAUUUGUCUCUCGUCCAUAGAGAGAACAAAGCCAUAGCUUGUACAGGGACCCAAUAAAGAAAGAGAAAGGUUAUGAAAAAUAAAGAAGUAACAAUAUCAAGAAAAGAAAAAAAAAAAAAGCAAGGAAAUGGGUGGGAAUCUUUCUUCGUCUUUCACUGUUAGUCGAUCCCACAUCGCCACCUCUCCUCUCCUGGAGAUACUAAGACAAAGUUAGAUUUUCUGUGUUUCUGGCAUUAGCUUAUGAGCAUUUCUCUCUAUGGGUUUGUCAUGUGGGGAUGGGGAGCAUGAUUUUGAUGAGAGAGAGUGAAGUUCCACUAAUAUAUGAGACCACCAGGCAGAGCGGACAAAGGUUUGGCGAAAUGGACAUACACCACCAUCAUCAUCCUGUCGAAGAUGUUGAAUUCUGGCCUGUUGAACACCCAAUGGAGCCCCAGGAUGAAGAUCGCCCUGUCAGAUGCCCAAUUCCAACUUCUUCUUUUGUCAAUGAUGGAAGCAUAAGCGAGCAGAGAUGUGGUGAGAGCUUAAGGAAGAGAGCGGAUGUUCCAGCGGCAGUUAACAAAGAAGGGAUUGUUAUUGUGGCUGCAGAACCUCCACUUCGAGCAGUGCGAAAAAGGCACCAUACCCUUACCCAUGGAAAUCACAUAACAAGAAUGCCUCAUCUUCCUCCUCUUCCCACCCAGAAUGUUACCAUCUUUCAAAUGCUUCAACAGUUAGAUGAGUUUGAGUGUUAGCAAAAUAGAUAAAAUACAUUGAAUUCCAUGUUUUCUCAUCUAUCUUGUGUUUCUUUUGAUUCCAUUAUGGAGUGAUGAGAAAUUCUUCUUCUUGAUUAGAUUAUGUAGCUUCAACAGGGCAAGGAGAUGUAUCAAGGACUUCAUAUUGUAUUAGCCAUUUGGAAUAUAUAAUAUUCUGCGUGAUAUCAUCCAAUUCCAA